AUGGCCCUCAACCAUACGCCUCGUAAAGGCGUUCCUCUCGCAAGCGGCGAAGAGCGUUCGAUAUCCCGCCUCAAGGGCGCGCCCCUUCCAAAGCUCACAAGACGUGUAUAUUUCUGCGGAGUGGUAGUAGAGAACACUGAUCAUGAUGAGGAACUGCCGAACGGUAUAUAUCCCCUUUCUCUAACUCUCGGACGCCCAGGUCCGAGCAACUCCUCUACUACUGACCUCUCGCAACUGGUGAGCUCGUCCCCCGCUUUACCUAAUUCCGACGUUAUCCCCCGCAAACGAUCAAAUACCGCAACUUCUAGUGCUCUAACUGACAUAGUAAACGAGCUCGUCGCCACAGAACGAUCCUAUGUCGAUCGCCUGCACACCCUUAAAACCGAGUACGCUAAUCCAUUACGCCAGUUCUCAAAGAGUAAAGAGACCGCCAUUCUUCCACCAUAUGAGGCCAAAAUUAUCUUUGGCAACCUUGACCAGCUCAUUCCAGUUAACGAAGCUUUCCUCUGGGACCUCGAACGGAUGUUGGCAUCCGACGGGUCAGAGACCGUCGGCGGCGUCGGGGACGUCUGCUUGAAGCAUUUCAAAGACCUCAAAGGCUUUGAGGUCUACAAGCAGUACUACGCGAAGCGUGAAGAGGCACAGCACAUUUUCGAACAGGAGGUCAAGCACUCUAACUUCUCCAGUUACAUUGAUCGCAUCAAAUAUUCGCAAGCCGACGUCCGGAACCGCGUCGGCUUGCGCGAACUGCUAAUGGAUCCCGUUCAACGAAUACCGCGAUACACCCUAAUGUUCCGGACAAUGAUCAAGCACAUGCCACUACACGACCCACAACGCGCAAAGCUUGAGGAGGCGGACGAGAUUGCGAGCAAGAUUGCCCUGGCGGAGACUGACGAGCAGACAAAGCGUGCUGCCAUCAUGUACUGCAUAUCCUCAUGCGUCGAUGACUUCCCCCCGAACCUAAUCUCUCACUCGCGCAAGUUCAUCGACUGCAUUGACGUCGAGGACGUGCUUUCCUCCUCACUUGAACACUUGCCAGUCGUGUCGACCCCUUCAUCGAGUUCGUCGAAGGAGUCAUCAUUACAUUGUACUCUGUUCCUAUUCGAUGACAAGCUUGUCAUUGCAAAGCGGCCUGGAGACAAGAGCGGAAGGACAAUGACCGGGCUUGACGACCCAGACAAGGUGGUGAAGGGUAAGGGCUUGGCUACUAACUCGAGACGAGGAGGCUUGUCUUGUAAGGGUGUAAUGGAGGUUGUGGACGUUGUUGCCACGGACGUCGGCGGCGCAGACCUUCACUUUUACCUCGAGAGUCCGCCACAAGACCAGACGGGCGACAAAUGGAAUGGCCGGCCAUUUCGCGCAAUGUCCAUCGUCUUCCCACCAUCUUCGGUGAACCUCGACCCGACGCGUACGGAAACGGAAAAGCGGCGCUUCCUUGAAAACCUGUGGAUUGUUCAAGCGCGGUACCGGACGAGGUUCGGCCAGUCUGUCAUCCUGAAGGAUGCAGAAAGGGAAGUUGAGAACAGAGGGGGCAAAGUUACUACGGCCACGACCUACUUCAACCUAUACCAGCGUACGGCAUACUUGCGAGAAAAGGCGAAGAUGAAAGCUGUGGUCCAUAUUGACCCUUCGGGUGCAGCGGACUCAAUACCGUUCGGUAAUCCGGGUGCACCAUUUGUAAUCGUGCGACUACAGCCGAUGCCAGGGGAGGUGUCACGUUGGUCAGUGAAUUGUAGUGAUCCGGACGACCAGGGCGAAGAAGAUAUCGUUGAGAACGCGAAGCUCCACCAGCGUAUCAUUGCCACAAUACAUCACUAUGGCUUGUUCAAAUUCCGGACGAACAAUCUUUCCGCCCCGCCGACACCAACCGUAACACGGACGAAGGCAGCCAUCUUCAGCCUCGACGCCAUCUCACGGAAUCUAUUUUCUGGAAGGACAGGAUCGCCCAAAGACCACGGAUCUAUAGGUCAUAAACGGGCCAAGACCACUGGCAGCCGAAUAUCUAUGUACAGUCAGUCGACGGCGACAGCAGAAAGUUCCAUUUCGCACUCCUCUCGGUCUCGACGAUCGACAGUUACGGCGGCAACCUCAUUGGAGGAUGAUCGGCGUUCUAUGAUCUCGGUUGACACUGGGAGCGCGAGCUCAAGGCGGUCGCAGUCUCUGCACAAAGUGAAGAAACUCAUGAAGAGGCAGCUCUCAUCUGGUGGGUCUGGCAGCGAGCUGGAAGUAUCACCGUGGCGCGGUAGCGAUCGCAAUCGGAGUAGGUCGCCGUCGUCGGAUUGGUACACUGAUAACGAGGACCAAGAGAACAACCAUGCUGGUCGGCCACAGGACCAGUCAGACCGGGAUCUCUCUGCACGUCUUGAGCUCGCACGACAGAACAGCCAGAGCCAAAAUGAUGCGCAGUUUGACGAAGACGUGUUCGAAGAACAGCUGAUCGAGGAAGAUCUAUACGAGGGUAUGCCGACAGUCAGGCUUGUCACACGGGCUGCGUCUGUUUCUGAUGGCCUAUCUUGUUACUCAGAUGAUCCCAACCCAUUUCGCCCUUUGUCAAGAGCAUCACGGGCGUCGGCUUCGCUUGAAGCCCCAGGAGGGUCACGACCGAGUAGCUCGAUGGGCAGACCGUAUACACCGUCACCUGGUGGGCCCGGCGGGAACGAGCGACAAAGCAGGAUGAUGUACCCGCCGGCUGAACACCGACCAAGGGGUCCGCGUAGCCCGUCACCACUUCCUGUCUCAGGAACACCAGAAACCCGGACGCAUGACUUGCCAUCUGAGGAAGAUGUGACAGUAUCAGAAGACACGAUCGUUCACGCAAUCGCGGAGAUGACCGUGACGCCGAAAGGCAAGGGCAAGAUGGUCGCACCACUACCACGCAGUAAGCGACAACCAUUCAACACGAGCGGGGGUCGCACGACAAGCAGCGGGUCGGACUCGACAACUCCUGACAGCGCCGUGCCUAGUGGUAUCCCAGUUUAUACAGCCACCGUCGAGCCACUAUCGAUACGAAGGAAGGCCUCCUCGGGUGUACUCAAUUCUCAUCGGAGGCGCGUCUUCCCUGCGAGCCGUGGGCCAUCGAUGACGAAGCCAGGCAGCCGCGUGGCAUCGCUCACAAGACGAACGUCGUCGCAGUCGAAGCAGCAGCUGCUGCGGGUGCAUACAAGCAUGGGCUCUGAUGAUGCGCAAAGGUUGGUCAAGCAGUCGGAGUCAGCGAAGGAAGGGAUCGAAGCUGCCCGUCGUUCUAUGCGACAGCUGCGACAGCACUAUGAGCAGCUCGCGGCUGCAAACUCUGCUGCACGGUCCGGCACGCCGUUACCAGGUUCGCGGUCUACGACACCACUGCCGGACGAUAGGCCAUUGUCUCCCGUCAAACAACUGCGCACGGCGCUAAGGCCUGCCCCUCCUCCAAUGACAAAAGAAGCGCAGGCCCGCAUGGAGGAGAUGCAGCGGCUCAUCGGCAGGCGUGCACAAGAGAAACCUCUGGGGCGGCCGCGCCCGCUGAGCAUAGUCACUGACUCUGUGCUGCCGAAGGCAGCGGAAAUCGUACGCGUCGAGGAGGUCGCCAAGUCCAUGGACGAGCUGGCCUCACAUGUGGACCAAGACCUCACAAACGCCAUGCAGCAUCUGGACCAGGUCAACGCCGAGAUUCCACGGCUAACAUCGACGCUCGCUGAGAGGAGUGACGAGUUGGAGAAGACCCGCAACGAUCUGGCCAACGUGAAGCUUCAAGCCGCGUUCCUCAAGCAGAUGUUCGACGACUGCACAGCUGAGAAGGAUGCAUUGUACGACGCAUUCAACGAGGAACUUGAGGGCAUGUUCAAUGAUGCGUCUCUCUCGGAGGACGAAGCCUGGGCUGCCAUGAGCCGCGACAUCGUCGAAGCGAAGAAGGCCAGGAAUGAGACUGAGAGACAGAAUCUCCAACUGCGCCAUCAACUUGCGGAAGUCGAGAUACAGAAGGAAUCAUACGCUGCUCUGCUCCGUGCACAUGGGCUUAUUCCAUAA